AUGUGGCUUCAAAUCCUUCUGCUCGCCUUCGUCGUCGGCCUUGGCCUAAGUGCCUUUUUAUACCACAUCAACAGCGUCUUAUCCACCACCCCGGAAGAGGUCGAAAAGAUCGCCGGCAAGCCCUGGACAGACGAAGUCAUUCGAGAUGCCUACGAGAAAUGCCGCAAGAACAGACCAGACUUCAAGAAAUAUCUGCCUCCAAAGCAGGAUAGACGAUACAUCGUGUUCGGAGGAUCAGGUCUCGUCGGCGGCUGGAUGGUCGAGCACUUGAUCAUGCGUGGCCAGAACCCUGCUGCCAUCCGCAUCGUCGAUCUCCAGCCUCCCAUCCGCGAGUUGGCCGUCAAAAAUAAUGUCCCGUAUUUCAAAGCCGAUGUCACGGAUCGCGCGGCUGUCGAAAAGGUCUUUAAUAUUGCCUGGCCCUCUGAAUACGCCAAUCUACCACUAACGGUCUUUCACACCGUUGCCUACAUUCAUGCCGGCUAUGGCAAGGCAGACUUUCUCGGCACAUACAUGAAAGUGAAUGUCGACGGCACAAGAAACGUGCUCGAGGCCGCCCGGUCGGCGGGAUGCGACAUCUUUAUCGCCACCUCAUCUGGCAGCAUAGGCAUCCGACCAGCUAAUUUCCUCUUUCCACCCUGGCAAAAGUAUCCCAGAAACUUCAUCCAGAUAUCGGACAACGCCGAGCCGCCGUCGCUGGACAAAGCCGAAAACUUUGCAGGCUGUUACGCCUAUUCUAAAGCACUGGCAGAGAAGUUGGUAACCGACGCGGACGACAAGAAAGCAGGGUUCCGAACCGGUGCCAUCAGACCCGGGCACGCCAUCUACGGCCACGGCGCUGAGAAUCGGAAUUCUGUCGUCUACGACUAUCUCAGACGAGGCGGUCUUCAAACCUGGCUAUAUCCGCUUGUCCUUCAAUAUGUCUCCGCGCAGAACGUCUCGUUAGCUCACCUCUCGUACGAAGCACGCCUCGUCGAGGGCCGGGACGUGGGUGGCAACGCCUACUGCGUCAGCGAUCCCGGCCCUCCAUUUCGCUACACAGAUUUGUACCGCCUGCUGAGCACGCUGGCUCACCCCAAAACGCCCGUGAAGUUCACACCCGUCCCUGCUGCCUUGCUUAUCUUGAUCGCGCACCUCCUGGAAGGGUAUAUCGUGCUGCAGCGCCGUCAUCUCAAUUUCCUACCUGCAGUGACGAAUUUCGAACUCACCAUGCUUCAGCCUGCCAUGUUCAAUUACUCGACUAUAUAUAUCAUUUAUGACGAUUCCCGCGCGAGGAAGGAGCUGGGUUACAAUCCCGGACAUACCACUCUGGAGGGAUUGUGCCUGCACAUGCUCGAGUGGAAUGAGAAAGUGGAGGAGAAGCUGAAGACCGAGGGCAAAGUGCCCGACGAGGCAACUACUCUGGAAAAGAGCGUCCCUGUCGCGCCCAAAGGCGUUGCCAUCUGA